GGCCGGGGUUUUGUGCGGUGUUUCCGGCUGCUUGUUGACCUGUCAGGACCUGCCAGGACGGUCGAACCUCGGUGGAUUCGUCCUACCCGCAUCUCCACAUCCAGCUGCCCGCGAUGGCCUCCAGGCGGCCGGACAGCUUCGACGGGCUGGGCUACCGCGGCCGCGAAGACCCGCUGUUCGCGGCCGGGCUGCCGGUGCGCGGCGCGGAGCACUGGGUCACCAGCCCGCCAGACAUCCCCGGCAGCCGCAACCCCUACCUGGGGGAGCGGACCCCGCUCUGCGACGACCCGCUGGAGGCCGGGGGGCUGGGGGCCGCGGCCGGCUGGGAGGCUGCGCAGCCCGGCGUCCCUCCCGCAGAGCAGCUGAAUCGAUUCGCCGGCUUUGGGAUCGGACUCGUCAGUCUGUUCACAGAGAACGUCCUCGCUCAUCCCUGCAUCGUCUUCCGCAGACAGUGUCAGGUGAACUACCACGGCUUCUGUUACCACCUCACCCCAUUUAGUGCCAUGGCCGUUAUGUACUCCAUCACCAAGGCUCAGGGGGUGAAGGCUCUGUGGAAGGGGAUGGGCAGCACCUUCAUAGUUCAUGGCAUCACACUGGGCGCUGAAGGAAUCAUCAGUGAGGUCACGCCGUUACCACGAGAACUUCCUCACAGAUGCAACUGGAAACACGUGGCAGGACAUUUGCUGCUCAAAGGGUUGACGGCGGUGGUGGCUCUUCCAUUUUACUGUGCCAGCCUCAUCGAGACGGUCCAGAGCGAAAUUGUGCGUGACGAGGCGUCGUACGGCCUGCUGGAUUGUAUCCGUGAAGGCGUGGCUCGGCUGCUGGGCGUCGGCGCUCCUCACAGCCGCCGCCUGCUUCCUCUCAGCUGCCUGCUGUUUCCCGCAGCGCUGCACGCCAUCCUGCGCUACGCCAUCGCUUCCUCGGUCCAGCGGGUGGCGCUGUGGCUGCACCAGCGGGGCAGGAAGCAGCGGGCGGAGCCGUCCAACCCGCUGGACGCCUAUUUCCCAGAGCUGGCGGCGGCGUGGCUGGGGUCUCUGGUGGCGGACGUGGCGUUGUUUCCCCUGGAGACGGCGCUGCACCGCCUCAGCCUGCAGGGCACGCGCACCAUCAUCGACGCCACCGACGGCGUGGUCGCCGCGGCCACCGGGAACGGUGCCAGCCCGCUGGUGCUGCCCGUCAACACUCAGUACGACGGCUUUUCCGACUGUCUGCACGCCAUCCGCCGCAAAGAGGGCGGGGCCGGCUACUACCGUGGCUUUGGGGCACUGGUGGCCCAGUACGCCCUACACGGAGCGCUGCUCGCCGCCGCCAAGACGCUGCUCAGGGUUCUGCUGCUGGACACCAAGGCCAGCUAGAGAGCUGCUCUGGAGACGCUGCACCCCCUCCUGCUGGGACCAGGCACGGUCCGUGGACUUCACGGCCAUCCGUUUUUUGUUUUCAAAUGACAAAAUAAAAAUAGAGAAAUAAACCAAAAUAAUCCGUUCCCCAUCUUUUGUUUUGAUAAUAAAAAACGGAUCGUUAUCCGUUAUCCGAUUUUAUUGAUGCGUUUGAAAAUCGAAAUUGGGAAUUAAAACAGCGAGUGGAAAACUCUUUUCUCUAUUUCCUAUUGGUUUCCAAGGAUACAGAAAACAAGGAUUGGACAAAUGGGGGGAUUGCACAUGCGCAGUAAACAGUUUUAGAUUUUUUUAAUGUUGAUAGAGAAAAUAAAUCAAAUAUGAAACCUGGGAGUGAAACAUGAGUUUAAUCUGUAAUCUGUCUUCACUCCGUCAUGAAACUGCAGUGAUGUUGUGACAGUCCGUUCAGCUGCAGCGUCAAAAAAAAGCAGCGUCCAAUCAAUAUCAUAAACUGAACUCUAACAUACUGCCCCCCCGUUGGAGACAAAUAGGAAAUAGAGAAAAGAGUUUUCCACUCGCUGUUUUAAUUCCCAAUUUCGAUUUUCAAACACAUCAAUGAAAUCGGAUAACGGAUAAUGGAUAAUGGAUAACGGAUAACGAUCCAUUUUCCGUUUUCCGUUUUUUAUUAUCAAAACAAAAGAUGUGAAACGGAUUAUUUUGGAUUAUAUCUAUUUUUAUUUUGUCAUUUCAAAAGAAAAAACGGAUGGCUGCGAAGUCCACGGACCAGGCACAGUCACGGGAAAAGGACUGACUUCACGUGUUUGACUGAUGGAUGCUGUUGGAAGGAACCUUUAUAACAACACCAUAGCAACCAACUGGAUCUCCUUAGCAACCACCUAGAUCUCUAUAGCAACCAUGUCAGUCUCCGCUGCAGCCAAACGGAUCUCCAUAGCAACUGUUCCCCUACACCCCCCGACCUCCCUGACCCUCAUGUCCUGCUCUCUGACAGAUUCCUGUGGUGGUUGUGCGUCUCCAUGGAAACUGCAUCACUUCUUGUCUCGGCACUAAAGCAUGAGUCUGUUUGUGUUUAAGUCGUGUCAGCUGAUUGGUCGGUCAGAGCUGCCACGUCACUGCUCAUAUGUGUCCGUAACCACGGAAACAGACAUGCUUGAUAAACACCUAGACAAACAGAAAAUGUUACUUUGUAACAAAUGUCAGAUUUGUGUAAAAUUGUACAAAAUUUAAGUAGAUUUAGAAUUAAAUUAUUUGAGGUUGUUUGUUUAAAUCAUUAUUCACAUCAGUAAAUGAACAAAUGGACAUUCAAAAGAAAAAUGUCUGGAACAAUUUUGAGGUUAAAUGAGAAAAGAACGUGAUUUUGUUUACUUGAGCUGUUUACAGGUGUUUUUACCUGUAAACAUUUGUUUUUCUCUGAAAUAAACUUCGUGAGUCAGCUGGUUCUUCUGUCCUUGGGUGAAACUGUUGAGCAUUCUCAGAAAGCGAGCGAAAAUUCUACUGACCACUCCAUUGACCUCUGUUAACAUGUCCAACUAUACAGCAGAAAUAAACAUUUCAGUCAGCUACAAAACCAGUUUUGGUCUGCGUUUAUGACAAAUAUUUACAAAUACAUUUUCUUUUACCUCAUCAAGUCUCAAAUCUGAAGUGGUCAUUAUUAUAGCGUAAUCUUCAUGCAACAAAUGGAGAAUUCAGUGUCAUUAUCAUGUCUUAGAAAUAAACGUAUAUAGUCCUGAUCAUUGGAAACCACUCUGUGAAAGGACAAAAGUAUUUAAGCCCUUUCACCCCGACAGUCUAGCUCUAAGUUUUACUUCAGUUGGUACAGUUAACCAUCUGCAUCGGAAACUUAACUUUA